CCCGCCCCCAACGGGUAGCAAGUUUCUGCUGUAUCGCCUACAAGCUGGACAUUGGGCAAUUUACACAUCAAAAUUCUUGACUACACUGCCCUUUCCCCACAAUGGCCUCCUCCUCAUCAGUUGGAGAUAAUCAACUGCAGAGGAUAAUCCGAGAUCUGCAUGAUGCUGUGUCAGAGUUGAGUAAAGAACACAACGAGUGUGGUGAACCCGUAACUGAUGACAGCUCCUACCUGCACAAGUUCUUCUACAAACUAGAAUACCUGCUGCAGUUUGACCAGAAAGAGAAGACAACCUUUCUUGGUCAGAGGAAGGACUACUGGGAUUACUUCUGCGACUGCCUGAUUAAGAUCAAGGGAGCUAACGAUGGCAUCCGUUUUGUUAAGUCCAUCCCUGAGUUGAAGACAUCACUGGGGAAAGGAAGGGCCUUCAUUCGCUACUCACUUGUUCACCAGCGUCUUGCUGACACACUGCAGCAGUGUCUUAUAAACCAGAAGGUCACAAGUGACUGGUAUUAUGCUCGGAGUCCCUUCCUCAAGUCUCACCUCACUGCUGACAUAAUCAACCAUCUUUAUGAGCUCAACCAGAUCCAAUUUGAUGUGGCAGCCAGAGGUUACGACCUUGAUGCAGAUUGGCCAAAAUUUGCAAGGAGAACAUUAGGCACUGCCUCACCAGCAUCUCUGUGGAGGCCUCCCAGUCGCUGCUCCAGCAUCAACAGCCUCAUUAGCAGCUACUCACACUCACAGGCGCAGGAGUUUCUUCCAAUCCCAGACUUGAGUCAAAGUCUCCUGGGUGAACUAGGGGAACUGGGGGAACCGUCUCCUUGCAGCAUCGCAGAGAACCUCCGCAUUGAGCUCGACCAGUCGGAGCUCAGACAGCAAGAGCUUCUGAUCCAGGUUCAGGAGUUCGGGAAAGAAGCUACUGCGCUCAAAGGUGUGGUUAAAGACCUUCAAGGCCAGCUGUUAGCAGUUCAGAAGUCCUCUAGCCACUCUGUAUCUACUGCAGCCCAAAGUAACCAAGAAACAGAAAAUCAGGAGAGAGCAAAUCACCUUCAAACCUGUAGGGAAGCAAUAAACAGUGAACUUCACGACAGACUCACAGCUGCUGAGAACAAAAAUAUGGAGCUUCUUUCUAAGUUGGAUGAGGCUCUCAAAGAAAAGGGACAACAAACCGCUAGCUAUUGCAACUCGGCCUGGAAAAUCCAGGAGCUCCUGGAUAAACAAAAGACCACUGAGGAGGAAAGGUUGGAGGUGAAAAGAGAGGCUGAGGACAGGACCAGGCACUCUGAGCGUUUGUCCCAGGAACUAAAACUCAGGGAAGAAGAGUUGAGGAACAGUGAGGAAAAGCUGGCUGAAGUAACAGCCCGAGCUCAUGACGAACGUGAGGAGGCACUCAAACGGUUGGAGGAGCUCCAAAGUGCAGUCAGGCGAAUUCAGGGGGUGCUGAGUUUGAAAGAGAAGGAGACGGGGAACUUGAGAGCCCAGCUUCAGGAUUUACAAUCAUCACUGGAGUGCAGAGAACGGCAGGCGGAGGACCUGAGGAAAAGACUUCAUGAGGAGAGGGAAGAGGUAGAGCAGAGAUGGAGCAUGAGUAGUAGCCAGAAUGAGGAACUGGAGACCCAGCUCUUGGAUCAAAGAAGAGCCCUAAAAAACAGAGAGAAAGAGCUUGCCGUUAGUUCAGAGAGAAUCAAAAAUUUAGAGGAGCAGUUGGAGAAGCUAAAUGUUGAGAAAGAAAAUCUGAGCUCGAGACUUGCUGAUAAUGAAGUUGUUUUCUCUGAGAAAAUUGAGGACUACAAAACCAAAUGCAGCAAUCUCAUGGAAAUAAACGCUAAGCUACUCCAAUCAGUUACGAAGAGUGAAGGGAGCAUUACAGAGCUGACUGAGAGCAGGGAAGCCUUGUUAGAGCAGCUAGCUUCUCUUAGGGCUUCUGAAAAACACUUAAAGGGCCGAGUUGAGGCUGCAAAGAUGUGUGCGGAAGAUCGAGAGAAGAAGCUCCUAGAUGAAAACCUGCAUUUGGAGGAGACGGCCCAGAAGACGCUUAUCCAGAAGGAAGUAUCUAAUGCUCAAUUAAAGAAGCUCGAGCAUGAGAACAGAGAGCUUUUUGAGGUCCAGUCCUCGUUAAAUAAACAGUUAGCCACAACUCAACAAGAACUGGACUUAUUCACUGCCAAAGCUGCAAAGUUGGACCAGAACCUCAUUGUGUCCCAAAGAAGCCAAGCAGAGUUACUUGAAAAACUCCAAGAAACUGAGGCUAAACUGAAAGAACAGACUGUUGAAUGUGGGCGUCUGCAAGUUAGAGCAGAGGACCUGGAGAGCAGGACAGAGGAGCUGCACAAUGAAAAAGGAGCUGCAGAGAGCAAUGAAAAAGUGCAGAAGCUUCAUGAUGAGCAUCAGACAUCCUCAAUGGAAACCAAAGAGGCCCCGUUCAGACUAGUUAUCGCUGAGGCUCAACUGGAGCUCAAUCUAAGGGAGGUGCAGCGGCUCCAGGAAGAGGUGGUGGAGCUCAGGGCUCAGCUUCUAGCAGGAACUGAGGAGAGGAUGAAGGUUCAGGCACUGCAGGAGGUGACCGAGUCCUCUAGAGAGGACCUCCGUGUCUUAGCAGAACAACUGAAAGCCCAGGUAGAAGAGCUAAAUCGCCGGCAUGUGGAUGAGAUUCUUCGAUCCCGGGAGCGAGAGGAGGCUCUUAUGCGGGAGCGUGACGGAGAGGCUCAGGCUCGGGCAGGUCUGGCUGCAGAGGUGACUGCCUCCAGAGAGGAGCUCAAUAAACUGAAGCUGGGUUAUGAAGCCUUGUGUCUGGACAACAGCGAAUCCAGGGAGGCUCUCCAUAGAGCCAACACCGAAACGGCUGAACUUGGUGUGCAUGUGUGUAUGCUAACUGCUGAGAAUGAAGAGGCUCGUCUGCGCUGGGAGGGCUUGUCAACGAGGCUGCAAGAGCUGGACGAGGAGGCAGCUCAGGAGGCAGAGAGGCUGAAUACUUGCAUGGAGCAACUGAGUCGGGAGAAUCAACGGCUCCUCGGUCAGCUCCAUAAUGACGAGGGUUUGUUGGCCACCAAGCAGGAGCUGCAGGGUAAGCUGCAGGAAGCUGAAGCUGUGCAGGAGACGUGCCAGGAGGAGAUCCAGGCACUCCGCUUCCAGUUUAGCAGCCAAGCCCUGAGCUACGACAGCCAGCUCCAGACUGUGAAUCAAGAGUUACAGGAAGUGAAAUUACAGCUGACGACGGAGCAGGAGAAAGUGGUUGACCUGGAGAACAAAUACAAAAAGCUAGAGGCUGAGAAUCAGAGAUAUUGCCAACAGAUUGAGGAGAAAAACAUCCAGAUGGCCGAUUCUGAAAAUCUCAUCCAGCAGAAAGAAGAUGAGAUGAUCCAUCUGAAAGGGAAUCUAUCAAGGUCUAAGGAUGCUCUAGCAGUGGCUCAGCAGACCUGUCAGGAGAUGAGUGAAAAUCUACGGAGAGUCACACAGGACAAACAAAGCUUUGAUCUUAGGACAGCCGCUGAACUCGAUGAUCUUUACCGCACCAAAAUCAAUUUGGAAGAAAGGCUUGUAGAACUCAUCAGGGAGAAAGAUGCACUGUGGCAGAAGACAGAUGCCCUGGAGUUUGAGCAGAAACUGCGGGAUGAGGAGACUGAGAGGGACGUCAACUACUGUCUGGGCUGUCACAGUCAGUUCAGCUGGUGGCUCCGCAAGUACAACUGCAGACUGUGUGGGCGUCCCUUCUGCUACUACUGCUGCAGUAACACAGUGAGCACCCAGCAGGGUGGCCCCAGAGAGCGCUGCUGCAGGGACUGUUACAACCAGCACAGUGCAGUAGUUGAGCGUCACCCACAGGAGGAAGUGACUAACAGCACACCAGGGACACCUUUCAGUCGUUUGCUGCAUGCUGGAAGAGCAAUGACGAGUGUUUUAGGAGCAGUUGAAGGUGACAAGUUGGAUGAUGGUGUUUUUGACAUCAUUUCAGAGGAGGAAGUGAGUGGGGUCUAUGACAGUGACUCCCUCUCUUUUGCCACUGCCUGCUCUCCUGGACACGGGCAGCAGGGGGCAGCACAACUAAACAGCAGUGCCAGUGCAGGAGACCUAACAUCAGAAGAUACGGAGGACCUCAGUGCUGCAGUACAGGAUGCAGAGAUCUGUCUGCUAAAGUCUGGAGACCUCACACUCUCCGUCCACUUCACAGUGAAUGACAUGUCAGGGUUUGGGGACAGCUCCCGAGAGCUCUUCAUCAAGUCCAGCUGUUACAGCACCAUCCCCAUCACCAUGAGUGCUCCUGGUCCUACUGUCUUCUGGACGUUCACUUCUGAACCCAAGAGCAUUUACUUCAGUGUGGUCUACAGGGAGAGUACAGAGACUCCACUAGAGCAGGCCAAGGUCUUGAUCCCACUGACUCGCUGUAACUCUCACAAAGAGACAAUCCAGGGGGAACUGAAAGUCAGAAACGCUGGAGAAUACACACUAAUCUUUGACAACUCUUUCUCCAGGUUCAUCUCAAAGAAAGUGUUGUAUCAUCUGAGUCUAGACAAGCCUGUGGUCUGCGAUGGAACUGACCUCCUCUGAACAUGACCGCAAUGAUGAGAAACAGACAAAGGAAAUGAAGGAGUUGCUCACACCUGCUAAAUAUUCAAAUAAAUUGUGGAUGGUGAUGAGACAGCUACAGAAAAAUCAAGGAAAACAAAAAGUAAGUAUUCAUUAAUUAGAAAAACGUUUAAUUUGGUAUUAAUGCCGCUCAUUUCCUGUUUGUACAAAAUUGUAAAGUGUGUUGAUUUUUUAUGUAUACCAACUGCAGAAAUGGUAUACUCUUACAAUUACAAUGUAAUACGCACUGUAUACAAAUUGUAUGUAGUACGAAAUCAAGAGACAGCUAAAUUGUCUACAAUGCAAAAGGUUUAUUCAGGAUAGUAUUCAAUAGUAACAUGUUGAAGGAGCAAAAGUAACUGACUAGAAGUUAAAGAAAACAAGUGUUUGAAUUGUUUUAAAAAAACACAAUUUAACUCACUGUUCUUUAUCUGUAUUAUUUCAUGUUGAAGGAGAAACCCUUUGAGAUGUAAUACAUGGCUGUAUUGUUUGUGAUGCUAUAUCUCUGUCUAACUGCAGCCAGCAAUGCCAGCAUUCAUUUAACAAGUCCUCAUCAAAGUGCUGUAUCUUCACACACACAUGGAGAAGCUGCAGUGCUGCACAAAGCCCACAUACACAGUGUUUACCCCUAAAUAUUGGCCCAUUUACUAAGAUCAGGCCACAACAAUAUGUAUUUACAUGGUGUUAAGUUACAGAACAGCAAUGGGAAAAAUUCUUUUGAUGUUUGUCCAUGUGUGGAAAUAACAGAGGUGCACCAUGAUGUACCUAUUUAUUCACAAAACUAAACCACAUUUAGGAAAUUAUACAAAACCUUUCCCCAUCAUUUGAAAGUAAAAUACCUUUGGAGGGAUGCUCCAUUUACUCAUUAACAUUUGCAAGAAAAUACAUACUUUGACUGCAAAUUAAACAUGUUUUGUAGGGUUUUUGCAGGGGCUUAGCACAAAAUUCUGGGCCCUGUAAAAAGGUAUUCUCUAUGGACCCCUUCCCACAUCCACGGCUAUUCAUUCUAGCAUCACAUGAGGCCCCUGGGUACUCAGUCCCCUCCCGCCUCCCCCCAGUCAAACACCCCUGCUUGGGUGAACUCACUGCAAGGAGAUAUUGUGACCUAAUGAUAUAUUCCCAAGUGCCCUGUCUGUUACUAAAAUAGAAGCACCACAUUGUGAGCACAGCAUGGGUUCAUUAAGUCCAAGUUUAAGAUUUAAUUAACUACAUGUAUGCUGUGAAAAUACAUGUAAAGUAAACUGGGAACCACAGAGUUCACCAACACACCUCUGUUCAGAUUAAACUUUUUUUUUUUAUUUUUUUUUUUUUUUAAAUGCAGUAUCUGUUUUGUAUUUACAGUUAGACAUACCCACAUACACUUCUGUACAUAAAUAAUAACAAUACCAGACUCAGUGCAUGGUUUAUGUGCUACAUGUAAGUAAAGGAAAUAUUUUCUCUGAUCAUACAUAAAUGCACAGAUACAAGCAAAACGUGACAAUAACUGUACCCAGGGAGCUAAUAAAAUAUAUAUUACAAUAUAUAAUCAGGUGCCUAGAGAUGUAACCCAAAGUCAUCUCUGAUAUCGCUUGGUGUAGAUUAAAUAAUAGAUGUCACAUAGAACAUACAUGGGUGAAGGAUACAUAAACAUAACAUAACAUAAGGAUACAUAACCUUAAUUUUUGUAGCCCAUGCAUGCCAUAAGCCCCUUAAGGCCAAUGUGUGAUAUUGGGCUAUAGAAGUAACAAUGACUAAUGUAGGCUGUCCAAAAUCACUCCCUUGUUCACUCAUUUUUUACUUGUUUACCCUGAAUUUAACAUUUAUAUUUUUACAGGACUUAUUUAUAUUUUCACUACCUUUGUGACUUUAUUUCGCUGUCUAUCUAACUUCCUGUCAAGGAUUUGGAUUAACAUGAUUAAGCAGAUACUGUAAGUCCAGGACUCUUUGAAUCCUCUGUGGACAUACUGUAUAGUAUUUGAAAAUGCUGUUUCCCUCUAGAAAUAUUAUUACUGUAUGUGCUCUUCAAAGAAACACACGCAUUACAGUAUUAAUACCUUACAUAGUCAGCAUUUUCUUUCUGCUCUUGAACUUUACAUUAUUUUUUACAUGCUGUAUAAACCAGAACCCUGUUGUUGUUGUUUUUUUUAAACUUGUUCUCUGUCUCAACUCACCAGACUCGGUGCCCGUCACAGGCUGUUAACAUUUCAUGCUUGUUUGUAUCAUAAGCUUUGGAGUUGCACGGCAUGUCUUCUCUUCAACAAUCCAAAACAAACGUGUGUGUGUGUUUGUGUAUUUGCGUGUAUGUAAGGAACUUCUCAUGUGUGCUGUGUAAUAGUGUAAUGGCUUUUGUUUGUGAAAUAGGCUGAUAUCAAAUGUGUGAUGUAUUAUGAUAAAUUAUGUAACUGUUGUCUUGUUUGUUGUAGCUAUGUGCCAAAUAAACAACUUUUUCCAGCAGC